AGAGGCGCCUAUCACAAUGAUACCAACCCAGCCGCCUCGAGGAAACGGUGCGGCGGACGUGCCAAAGACACACUGCCCUCCUUUGCUGCGUGCUUCAAGAUUCGCACCUUGAUCCCUCGUCACCUACAAACAGCCGAGGCAGCUUAUCGAGGGGCCACUGCCGACAUCUAAGCGGAAUUUAGGCUAUACGUGAGCCCAGUGCCUUCUGCCACUGCAUUAUCGUUUGGUUGCCCAGUCUCGCGUUUGCACGCAUACCCCCGGGGAGAACUGGGAGGGAGUUACUUCGCCAACCCCAUCCUGUCGCGGCAAAUGGUUCUCAAUGUCUUGGUUAUGGGAGAGAUAGGAUCAGGCAAAAGCUCGGUCGUUAACCUUCUCGUCGGGAGAAACGUUGCCGAGAUCUCCUCCGGAACCGGUGUUUGUACGCUCAAGACAACCAGACACGAAGCGACGGUCGAGUCGAUGAAAGUGCACAUCUGGGAAGUUAAGGGGUUCAACGAGCCCGACUCAAAUACAGGAAAAAAUCUCGGGAAAGAUACUGCCACGCUUGGUAUGGAGUUGGGUCCCAUACUCAAUGCCGAUGCCGAUGCCAAAGUCGAUGUCAUCUUGUUGUGCAUGCUCGGCCCCAAAGUAAAGAUGACAACUACACGGAUUUUUGAAUCCGUCAGUAAUGUCCUUGGAAGACACAUUCCCAUUGUGUCCGUCGUUACCGGUUUGGAGUUGGAAAAGGAGAAUAUUAAGAACUGGUGGGAUCGGAACCAGAAACCACUGACCAGGAUGGGGUUGCAAGGGACCGAACAUGCUUGUAUCACUGGAUUGCAGGGUACCAAGUACGCGGCCAUAUCGAAGAAAUCGCGAGAGUCGCUCGUUUCGAUUUUGGAGGACCAAUACUCGCGGGGUGGGAAUACCAUAUCUCUGGAAUCUGUUCUCAAGGAGCACAUUCGACAAAACGGAGGGUACAAAAAAAGGACACUAAUGAAGCAGUUCAAGCUGGAUGAGGGGGUCGCCCAGCGAUUACUUCAGCGAGAUUGAAAGGGAACACGUUACAGUACCGAGCUAUUCUAUAUGAUGCGCACUCGAGUUUAUAUACUUUGCAAAGACUCACUUAGUAUAGAUCAUGUACAGUAUUUUCCUUCUUGUAUUGUUGGGAUCUCAUGGC